CCACAAGACUUUCCUCUCCUCUUGUCCAAUAGGAAAUGGAGUGGGAUCACUGUCAGUCACAGGUGAGAGAAAGCUUCGGCUGAUGCAGGAGCUACACAGAGCAGAAGCAUAGCACCGGAAUAGGCUGAACGCCGUAUUUCCAUCGCCUUUUCAGUGGAAAUGCAAUGAAAUACCAAACAUGGAAGGACCAAAACAAAACAGUCAUAGCGCUUCAGGGGGAUACGAUGCCGAAGAAUUGCCAUUGGUUAAUUUCUACACUUUUUACAAGAAAUAAACUUUGCUUUUGAAAAUGCCAUUUCACAGCAACUCCUUAAUGCCUUUCUCUAUCCAAGCCAUUUUGAACAAAAAAAAGAGUACAGUGGACACUUGGCAGAUUUCGACGACUGCUUCUCGAAGACUGCGUGUUGGAAAAUAUUUGGGGAAAUGGAUACUGGUUCGGAGGACUUUCCCGCAUCGUGUAGAAGUGACGAGGGGGCUUGCAUGGUCAGCGAUCAGAAAAGUUACGACUCCGAUUCAGGUCUCAGUGAUGACAAUGCCAGCAAGGCCCUGGCCGUUUGUAAGUCAGAGAAAAACAGGGAUCCUGUUUCAGACGUUCUGGAAGAAAGUUUGCAGGACGAAACGGCCCAUGAAUGCACUUCUGUCGAUAACGCACACGGUCUUAGAGACUGUGAACCUAGUGUUUCAGAUUCCAACAACGUAGACGAUGCCAGUCGUGAUAAAAGUUCGGAUCAGCCCAAACAGAGGAAAAAACGCUCAAGGGCUGCGUUCUCCCACGCGCAAGUGUUCGAACUCGAGCGGAGGUUCAAUCGCCAAAGAUACCUAUCCGGACCGGAGAGAGCAGACCUGGCGGCUUCCCUGAAGCUGACAGAGACGCAGGUCAAAAUAUGGUUCCAGAAUCGUAGAUAUAAAACAAAACGUCAUCAAAUGGCUGCCGACUUGAUUGCCUCGGUCCCUGCAGCAAAGAAAGUGGCGGUGAAAGUGUUAGUUCGAGACGACCAGAGACAGUACAACCCCGGAGAACUACUGCGGCCUCCUCUCCUCUCUCUCCAACCGUCUUAUUACUACCCCUAUGCCUAUUGCCUCCCUGCAUGGACGCUCUCUACUUGUGCUGGGAAUCAAUGAGAUUUGAAUAGCCUACGUUGUAUUUAUUUGUCCCCAGAAGAAACCAGGAGAGAUUAAAUAAACUCGGAAAUUGUUAUGUCUCACAUAUUUGAACUGCCUAAUGGUGUCUAGACUGAAUAUGCCCCCCAUUCCAUUGUUUCAGAAUGUAGUCCGUGGAGUGUAAACAUCCUAUGUAUGCUUACGAGCACUGGAGAGAGAGAGCCACAAGUGACAUUUCGAAUAACUCAUUACUGUUUUUCUUUUCUCGCUGCGGUUUAGGGUAACGGUAAGAUUUUCAGCACUUUUCGAAACAGAGAUAGUGUGGACAUAUGUCCGACUGAAAUAUCGAUUUGAAGCUACGUUUUACUUAUGACCUUAAUGUGAACUGUGGCAGAGACAGUAUGUAUAACAAUUGAACUCUUGUUAUAAUGUACUUGUUUUUUUAAAUUGUUCUAGAACUGAUUGAUUAUUAAGAGAGAAAUCAAACAUUAAAAACAUAUCAGG